AUGUUACGUUUUGCUUCUCCGGUUCCCACCGUUCACCUACCCUCGUGGCUGUUAACGCCCCCAGUCUGCAUGCCUUGCCACCCGUACUUUUGGUCCUUGCAAGCAAGCCUGAUAUGCUCCACAUUUCUUUCCUUGCCUCCCACCCUCCCCUCCGCUUCCAUCACCCUGCUCCUUCUUCCUCUGCCCUCCCGCCCAUCAGCGACGGCCCUGCUGAAUAUCAAGGCGGCCAUGGGGCUCACGUACACCACGUGGACCACCAGCAACCAGUGCACUCUUAAUGGCGCCGCUGCAGCCGCUGGUGACUGGGACCGCGUGAGCUGCACCGCUGAUGGCAAAAUCUCCACGAUAACCCUGGAUAACUUAAAACUAAAAGCCUCACUUCCUUCGGACGUCUCCACGCUCACAGCCCUCACCUACCUAAACCUCCCACAGAAUCUCUUCAACGCCCGCCUCGACUCCUUCACCACCAACCUCCGGUCCUUGCCAGAGCUGGCUCUCCUCGCCCUGCACUACAAUUACUUGUAUGGAGAAAUCCCUUCGUUCCUCGUGGGCCUCCCGAAGCUCACUUCCUUCGGUGCGAUCUACAACUACCUGAUUGGCACUGUGCCUGCGGUCGCGUCUCUGCUGAAAUCUCUGGACUUUCGGGGCAACUUUAUCACGGACGUGCCGACGGGGAGCUACACGUGGUGCGCGGGCGACACUAACUGCCUCGUCACGCCCUCCAAGUGCGCGAGCAAUGGCGCCACCCAGCGCCCUGCCUCAGCUUGUGCCAUCUGCUUCACCACCAACGGCGUUGGCCCCUUCUGCUCUGUGACGGGCGGGGUGUGUUCAGUUGACGCGACUGCAGCCGUCACUGCCGGCACUGUGAACUCGCCCUCACAGGCCUUGCUGCCCCUGGCGUGUGUGGGCGGGACGGCUGUGACCAUCAAAGAGAGCACAGCCAUGCUCGCCCUCAAGGCGUCGCUCGGCGUCACCCUCACCACGUGGGCAGCGUCUGUGCCGUGCAAGAUCGAGGGGCAGACCACAACAGCGACUGUCUGGGGCGGCGUGCUCUGUGACAGCACUGGGAGGGUCGUCAGCAUAACCCAGACCUACUCGAGCCUCAAGGGCUCACUCGCUUCUGAAAUCUCCACGCUCACAGCUCUCAGCUUCCUCAACCUGCAGAACAAUCUUCACAACUACCGCCUUGAUUCCUUCUCCACUUACCUCCAAAACUUGCCAUCGCUCUACAUCUUUGCCGUGCACUACAACUACUUAUACGGCGAAAUCCCCUCCUUCCUCAUGGCCCUCCCGAAACUCGGCAAGUUCGGAGCGACGUACAACUAUUUCAUCGGCACGGUGCCGGCGAUCGCCUCAAAGCUGGACACGCUGGACGUGCGCUUCAACCUGCUCACGGACGUGCCCACCGGCAGCUACUCCUGGUGCGGGGGUGCCGGUAACUGCCUCGUGUCGCCCGCCAAGUGCACCAGCGGCAGUGGAUCCGUCCAGCGCUCUGCUGCGGACUGUGCCUUCUGCGGCACCACCGGUGGUGUGGCCCCCUUCUGCUGGGGGGCGGGAGGGGUGUGCACGGCGGACGGUUCUGCGGUCGUUGCUGCCGGCACUGUGAACUCGCCCACACAGCCCUUGCUGCCCAUGAAGUGUGUGGGCUCACCCGUGGUGGGCAUCAAGGAAAGCACAGCGAUGCUCGCCCUCAAGGCCUCCCUCGGCGUCACUCUCACCACCUGGGCGGCUUCUGUGCCAUGCCAAAUCGCGGGGCAGACCACCACGGUGGCAGUGUGGGGCGGCGUGCUCUGUGACAGCACUGGCAGCGUCGUCAGCAUAUCGGUGGACAACGCAAAAGUCAAGGGCUCACUUCCCACUGACAUCUCCACGCUCACAUCUCUCACCUUCCUGAUAGUGUUUCUUACAGCACAGAUGACCCAUGAUGCGUUCCCAGGGCGAGGUUCAAGCCCUUAUGCACCUGUCCCUUGGCUGCUGUCCCCCCUGGCCAGUGGUGCGGUCUACAACUACCUGAUUGGCACCGUGCCCGCGGUGGCGUCCAAGCUGAGCUCGCUGGACGUGCGUGGCAACUUCAUCACGGACGUGCCCACAGGCAGCUACACGUGGUGUGGGGGCGACGCCAACUGCCUCACCACGCCCUCCAAGUGCUCCAGUGGUGGCACCACUCAGCGCGCUGCCUCAGCUUGUGCCGUCUGCGGCACCACCAACGGCGUCGGCCCCUUCUGCGCCUCGACGGGAGGGGUGUGUUCACUCGACGCGGCUGCAGCCGUCACUGCCGGCACUCUUGGCUGUCUGCGAGGGUCCCUGCUCGCCCUCCUGUUGCUCACAUGCUCCUUAAGGCCUCCCCUUCCUCCCGCUGCUCGCCUUGUUUCCGAUUUCCCCGUGUGCCCCUCACCAGCCAUGCUCGCACUCAAGUCUUCGCUCGGCGUCACUCUCACCACCUGGGCGGCCUCUGUGCCAUGCCAACUCGCGGGGCAGAACACCACGGCUGCAGUGUGGACUGACGUCCUCUGUGACAGCACUGGGAGUGUCGUGAGCAUAUCCGCGCAAAACGCAAAGCUCAAGGGCUCCCUUCCAACUGACAUCUCGACGCUCACAUCUCUCACCCUCCUCAACCUGGCACAGAAUCUCUUCAACUACCGCAUCGACUCCUUCACCACCAACCUCCAAUCCUUGCCAGUGCUGGCCAACAUUGCCCUGCAUUACAACUACUUGUACGGAGAAAUCCCCUCGUUUCUCGUGGCUCUUCCCAAACUCACUGGAUUCGGUGCUAUCUACAACUACUUGAUCGGCACCGUGCCCGCGCUCGCCUCUGGGCUGCGCUCUCUGAACGUGCGAGGAAACUUCCUCACGGACGUGCCAGCAGCCACGUACACAUACUGUGGGGGCGACACCAACUGCCUGCUCACGCCCUCCAAGUGCACCACUACUGGCACCACUCAGCGGCCCGUGUCAAACUGUGCCGUCUGCGGCACGACCAACGGCACGGGUCCCUUCUGUGCGACGGGAGGCGUGUGCGUGGUGGACGCCACUGCAGCCGUCACGGCCGGCACUGUCAACUCGCCCUCGCAGCCCGUGCUGCCCCUGUCGUGCUCGGCACCGCCCGUGCUCGUCAAAGAAAGCGCAGCCAUGCUCGCCCUGAAGCUUGAGCUCGGCGUCUCGUUCACCACGUGGGCGGCCUCUGUGCCGUGCCAACUCGCGGGGCAGGCCGCCACGGUGAAAGUCUGGACUGGCGUGCUCUGUGACAGCACUGGGAGGGUCGUGAGCAUAACGCUGGACAACACAAAGCUCUAUGGCUCGCUUUCCACUGACAUCUCCACCCUCACUGCUCUUACCUACCUGUGCUCGGGCGAUGUGCUCCUUCCCUCUCUGCUCGCCCCUCGCAGGAACCUGCCGGGCAAUUUCUUCAGAUCCCGCCUCGAUUCCUUCACCACGUCUCUUCAAUUUCCGCCCUCCGUUCCACAUGCUACCACUCAUCUGACCACCACCACCUCUCAUCUGAGUUCUGCCCUCACCGUCUUUGCUCCUCCCACAGCCGUCUGCACUACAAUUACUUACGUGCCCACAGCCAACUACACGUUCUGUGGCUGUGCCGGCAACUGCAUGCUCACGCCCGCCAAGUGCAUCAGCAACGGCACGGCUCAGCGGCCCGCGGCGCAAUGUGCCUUCUGCGGCACCACCAACGGCGUGCGGCCCUUCUGCUGGGGGGCGGGAGGGCAGUGUGUGGCGGACGUGACUGCGCUGUGGGACGUGGGCAUUGUCAACUCGCCCUCGCAGCCCGUGCAGCCCAUCAUGUGCAUGGGCGGGUCUGUGCAGGCCAUGGCGGAUACUGCAGCCAUGCUGGCGAUCAAGUCGUCGCUGGGUGUGACGUUCAACAGCUGGGCGGCGUCUGUGCCGUGCUCCGUGUGGGUGGAGUCGACGUCCAUUCCCACGUGGUCCAAGGUCAUAUGCGACGAUUCAGGCAGUGUUGUCAGCAUCAACUUGGACAACACGGGGCUCACGGGAAGUAUCCCAGCCGACAUCUCAAAGCUUGAUUACCUCACUAACUUGACAUUGUCGAGGCAGCUCUUCCAGGCGCCCCUUGCUGCUUUCACCGCCAACCUCCUUGGAGCCACCUUUCUCAAUGAGCUCUACCUGCAGAGCAACUGGCUCUACGGCUCCGUGCCAACCGCGCUUGUCAACCUGCAACUGCUUUCCAAGCUUGACCUGAGCUACAACUAUCUCACGGGCAGCUUCCCCGUGUCCUCCUCUCUGGCAAGCCUUGACGUGCGCAGCAACUUCCUCUAUGCCGUCGCAACCAUGACCCUCGUUUCCUGCGCCGCCGUCUCCAACUGCCUCGCCACUCCUGCCGCCUGCAGCACGGCCGGCACCACCCAGCGCGCUGCAGCCGACUGUGCCAUCUGCGGCUCCAGCAACGGCCAGCCGCCCUUCUGUGGCGGCACUGGCGCGUGCGCGCCUGACUCUGGCCCCGCGGCCGCGUCGGGGAUGCCUAAUGUGGCGGGCUCGCCCCUGCUGCCCAUGGAGUGCAGUGGCGUCACCAUCGACGCUGCUGAUGCGGCGGUGCUGCUGGCGCUCAAGUCGUCGCUGGCCGUGACACUGAACAACUGGAUCGCAGCUGCGCUGUGCACGCUGGAGGGGCAGACCAUGCUGCCUGCGCAGUGGGGCGGCGUGCGCUGUACCGCUGCCGGCAAAGUCACGAGCAUCGCUGCUGCAUGUGGCGCCAGCAGCACCACCCAAAGGGCCGCUGCUGCGUGUGCAAUCUGCAGCAGCGCAGAUGCGCAGGGGCUGCUGUGCUGGGGCGGCAUGUGCCUGCCCAACGUCACCCCUACCACUGCCCACCCUGACGGGCUGGCCCCGCCGCCCAUGUACUGUGCAGGAUCGCCGGUGGUCAACAUCAGCAGCGCUGAUGGUGAGUGCCUCGCCUCACAUCGCCAUGCUGCCUGCACUUCCUCUUUCUCUACCCAUGCUAUGCCCUGCCUGCAUUUCACACCCAUGCCGUUUCCUGUGUGCAUUUCCCUGUCGUUCUCAUCUAUCGUUCUCUGCCCCUCCAUGCAGCACCUCCCCUCCCCCACACCAUGUGCCACCCUCACCUCUUCCCUCCCUCGCUUUUCUCCCUCCCCCCCCAUUUCCCCCCUACCCCUCCUCCCUUCCCUCCUCUCGCCCGCCCUUUUUCUCCCCACACAAUGA